AUGGCAGUACCAGAACCCAGCAACGGCUCAUCCAACACGGUCCCACUAUCGAGUCCAACCCCUAACUCCAGUCCCGAUACUGCAAGCGACGUUGAAGCCAUCAAACGCGCAGCCGAGCUGCUACGAGUGAUGAACGCCCAGACAAAGGCGGAAAACGACGUGGUCCGGCUCGCAAACGCCCAGAUGCGCGCCGCAUUAGCCAAGUAUGACAGCCAGAAGCAGAAAGGCAGCCAGGGAGGUCGUACAUAG